AUGAGUUUCAAUAGCUAUGACCCUUACUUCCCUUCCUCUUACAAGAGGAAAGUGGUGGUGCGCAGCGGAGGAUAUGGGGGCAGUGGAGGAAUAGGAUCCAAGUCCGUAUAUUCUACCCACUCUGCCCCUAUAACUUCCUAUGGGUCAUCGCGCAGAAAUUAUCCAACAUACAGCCGAGCUAUCUCUAGCUCCUCUUCCAUGUUGCUUUCUGCUCCGAUGUCUGCAACUGCCACCGAGCUCGAGCUCAGCCAGGCAACACAGGUCAGCUCCGAGUUCAAAAUCGUGAGGACCCAGGAGAAAGCCCAGCUGCAGGACCUGAACGACCGAUUUGCCAGUUUCAUAGAGCGGGUCCACGAACUGGAGCAACAGAACAAGUUGCUGGAGACUGAACUCCUUGUCCUCAGGCAAAGGCACGUGGAGCCAUCCAACCUCCGGAGCCUGUAUGAGCAUGAGAUUCGCCAGCUCCAUGCUGCUGUGGAAGAGGCCUCUCAAGAGAAACAGGCCGCCCAGAACCACCACGACCAGAUGGAGGAGGUGCUGCGAAACCUGCAAGGACGCUACGAGGAGGAGAUGAUCGGCAGAGAGGAUGCGGAGGGCAGACUCAUUGAUGCCAGAAAAGGGGCAGAUGAGGUUGCACUGGGCCAGGCCGAGCUUGAGAAAAGGGCCGGUACCCUGCUGGACGAGCUGGCCUUCUUAAAGCGCCUCCAUGAGGGUGAAAUAGCAGAACUGCAGGCCCAGAUACAGUACAGCGCCCAGGUGUCUGUGGAGAUGGAAGUGGCUAAACCUGACCUAUCCACCGCUCUCCGUGACAUUCGAGCCCAGUAUGAGACACUGGCGCACCGCAAUCGCCAGUCAGCCGAGGAAUGGUUCAGUAGCAAGAUGAAUGUGAUGACGGUUGAAAGUGCUCGCAACGUAGACGGCGCACGGAACGCCAAAGAUGAGGCUGGAGAAUACCGCCGGCUCAUCAAAGCCAAGAUCCUGGAGAUUGAAGCCUGUCGCGAGAUGAACCACGCUCUGGAGGGACAACUGCAAGAAGUGGAGGAUAAGCAGAGUGUUGAAAUCUCAGCCCUGCAGGAUACUAUUAGUCGACUAGAAGACGACUUAAGGGCGAACAAGAAUGAUAUGGCUCGCUACUUAAAGGAAUAUCAGGACCUCCUGAAUGUGAAGAUGGCUUUGGAUAUUGAAAUUGCAGCUUACAGGAAACUGCUCGAAGGGGAAGAGAACCGUUUCAGUGUAGGAGGCCCAGGGUCUGUCUCUCUUUAUUCCCAAAGCCUAUAUCCGGCCUCAUCCUACGGAGGUCCUCAGUUCUCCAUGCUGUCCAGGCUGAGCUCCGGGGGUCCCUAUUCAUUCAGCUCCCGCUUGCCCACUUCAUCAUUCCUAAUAGAGGAGACUAUAUCUGCUGGCCAAGCGCAGCAGAUGGAGGCCAGCUGUCCCCAGAAGGAAGAGGUGGAUGAGGUAGAAGAGGAGCAGGUAGACGAGGAGGAGAAUGUAGAAGAGGUCCAAGAAGAAGAGCAGGAUGCGGCGGAGGAGGAGGAGGAGGAGGUGCAGGAACAACAGGAAGAGGAAGAGGAACAGGCAGGAGGAGAAGGUUUGUAGGACGGUGACGCGAAUGUCGAGGAGGCGGGAGAAGAGACAAAAGAAGAUGGGGAAGAAGAAGAAGGAGGGGAGAGCCAAGACGGAGAGGAGGAGGGAGCUGAUCAAAAAGAGGAGGCGGAGGACGGCGGAGACGAAAAAGAGGGGGAGGGCAGCAAAGAAGCCGAAGUGGACGAGACUGAAGAGGACACAAAAGCGAAGGAUGAAGGUGUUUAGGUUGACAUGCUUAUCAAGACCCAGCAGAAUAAUAUCUAUCUGAGGUGAUUUCUUCUCCGGUGCUCUAUAUCCAGAGCUUUUCAUCCAGUAGGCCUAAAAUCCAAAUGAAAAUAAAACAGCAAACAAUAUGACGGCAUUUGCAUCCUGUGAAUGAUCAAAUAACGAGCGAGCCAGAACCCGUAUACAUGCACGCGCACAGUACCCAGCAUAAAGUCGAGGGCUAAAUGAACUAAUCGUUAAAAUUCAGAGGUUCAG